AUGUCUAGGAAUCUGGAGAAAUCCCAAUCGGAACUCCAUCGGUUUCAACAUCAAAAGAAUCUUGAGGCUGGAGUUCUUGAAAGCAAUCCCAAGCUUCGGCCUAAGAAUGUCAAAUCAGUUUCGAAUUUAGCGCAAGCUGAACGAUGGAGAACCGUUAUCAUGGGAGAGAUCUCUCAAAGACUCACAAGGAUCCAGGAUCCAACUGCAAGUGACGAGACACUUCGGGAGCUUAACAAUGAGUUGGCUCAGUUCUUCAAGGAAAAGAGAUCUUGGGAGUAUCAUAUCAAAGAACUAGGAGGUAUUGAUCAUUUGGCACAACGAGAUAGUAUUAAGGGACAGAUGGCCAACGGGAUACGGUACUAUGGAAGGGCACGGGAGCUUCCAGAAGUUCAACAACUUCUUAAGGCCCAGAAGGAGGAACGAGAUCUUCAACUCAAACAACAGCAAGGGAAGCUGAAACGUGCAAUGCAAAUUAAUGAACGACGGUUGAAGAUUACUGAAGACUACUAUGGGUUGAACGAGCCUAGUGCGAAUGAGGAAAUGGUUGAAGAUGAAGAUGAUCAAGGGAGGACCCUUAAUCAGAAGUAUAAAUUACAUGCAUUGAAACAAAGCAGACGAAUAGGUUUAAUUGGAUACGAACGAAGAAGAACUAAAAGAUUAAUGGGAGAACGAAAUAUAUAG